CGUGCCUUUCCGUUUCCGAACUACGCCGAGGACAACCGAUGUUCAACGCAGAGACGAGAGCCGCUGUUUCCAAUACACCAUCGCAAACAGCCAUUACGUUUUGGCCACUUAUUUUUCGUUUUUCAUUAUUUAUUCAAAACAAUCGCGCAGGAAUCGGAGCGCUUUGCCACAUGCCGCAACGGAUGGACCAGAUUCCAGUCCUUUUUCUGAGACACAAUCAGGCGGAGGCAAUUUAAAUAUAUAGGGCGCCCACAGGCUGUGUACAUAUCCUUACACAGGAUGACUGCACUGUAUGCAUUAGGAUUGCAAAUACAGCCGGAUUCGCUCCAAGAUGUAGACUAGCCUGAUAUUCUAAAAGACAACGACUUAUUUUUCAAGACGAAUGGUGUGGAAGAAUGGAAAAUGCUUAGAAGAUUUAAGCGAAAAUCUACCAAGAACAACAGGCUCUGGCGAUCCUGGUGCUAAUGCGCUUUCUGUUAUGAUUUUACCUGUAUUUUACAGAUACGGAUGGGUUUGAAUGUACCUAUGUUGUUAACAUUCAGGCUGAAGGAGAAGCCCAAUAAUAUACGUAUAUAGAUAACAUUCUUUCUUAUUUUGGGAAAAAAAAGAAUUUAUAAGUGAUCUUAAAUUAGUCGCGUUUUAUUUAUUUAUUUAAUUCCACCACUGUCGGAUGGGAAUCAAACGCUGAACCUCGAUAUUUUUUUUAUUAACUGCAACAAGGCUCUGAACCGGCCUGGAUCCGGAAUCGCAGCCUUUGUCUCGACGACAAGUGCAAAAACCCGCAGGUCCUGAGGCAAAGUGAGGAGGAGGAGGUGGUGAAGAGGACCGGACGGGGUUCGGGAGAGAGGGGCGCGUGUGUGAAAAAUGGGGAGAUGCAAAAUGAGGUCCCCCAGUUCCUGCUGAGUCUAGGGGGAGGAGCAGCCACGAGGACGGAGGAGCGUGCCUCCAGAGGAGGAGGAGGAGGCGGGGCGAGCAGGAGACGGGAGAGAGAGACUACGGAGCGGGAGGGAUGGCCAAUGGGAAUGAGAGCAGCGAGGGGCCAGGCGGGCCGCUGGCGGCGGUGGUCGCCACGGGAGGGAUGGUGGUGGGCGGGGACUCAACAGGGGGAGUGUCCACCUACAUUAAGCUGGUCCUGCUGGGCCUGAUCAUCUGCAUCAGCCUGGUGGGCAACCUGCUGGUCUCCCUGCUGGUGCUGCGGGACCGCGCCCUACACAAGGCCCCGUACUACUUCCUGCUGGACCUGUGCCUGGCCGACACCAUCCGCUCGGCCGUCUGCUUCCCCUUCGUCCUGGUGUCCAUCCGCAGCGGCUCGGCCUGGACCUACAGCGUGCUCAGCUGCAAGGUGGUGGCCUUCAUGGCCGUGCUCUUCUGCUUCCACGCCGCCUUCAUGCUCUUCUGCAUCAGCGUCACGCGCUACAUGGCCAUCGCCCACCACCGCUUCUACUCCAAGCGCAUGACCUUCUGGACCUGCGUGGCCGUGGUCUGCAUGGUGUGGACGCUGUCCGUCGCCAUGGCCUUCCCGCCCGUCUUCGACGUGGGCACCUACAAGUUCAUCCGGGAGGAGGACCAGUGCAUCUUCGAGCACCGCUACUUCAAGGCCAACGACACGCUGGGCUUCAUGCUGAUGCUGGCCGUGCUCAUCCUGGCCACCCACGUGGUCUACAUGAAGCUGCUGCUCUUCGAGUACAAGCACCGCAAGAUGAAGCCCGUGCAGAUGGUCCCGGCCAUCAGCCAGAACUGGACCUUCCACGGGCCCGGCGCCACGGGCCAGGCGGCGGCCAACUGGAUCGCAGGCUUCGGCCGGGGGCCCAUGCCCCCCACCCUGCUGGGGAUCCGGCAGAACUUACACACCCAGAACCGGCGGCUGCUGGGCAUGGAGGAGCUGAAGGCGGAGAAGCGCCUGGGCCGGAUGUUCUACGUCAUCACGCUCUUCUUCCUGCUGCUCUGGUCGCCCUACAUCGUGGCCUGCUACUGGCGGGUGUUCGUCAAGGCCUGCACCAUCCCGCACCGCUACCUCUCCACCACCGUGUGGAUGAGCUUCGCCCAGGCCGGGGUCAACCCCAUCAUCUGCUUCGUCCUCAACAAGGACCUGAAGAAGGGCCUGAUGGCCCGCCUCCCGCCCUGCUGCAGGACUAAACCUCAACGGCCCCGAGAGCCUUACUGUGUCAUGUGAGGGGCGGGGCGGGGGCGGGGCUGGGGCGGGGCAAGGCAGGGCGUGUAGAGUUGUGUUGCCUUUCAGCGAUCCAGUGUGAGAUGCUUUAACGGGGGGUUGUGAGGGGUGGGGUAGGGGUGUAGGAUGUCUGUAUCCACCUGGCGUCUCGUUCGUUCCCAUAUUUUCUCCCGGCCGAAGGAGAAGGCCAGGGCUCUGCCUGUGUGCUGUCGAAAGGGAACACAGAAUGUUUUCAGAGAGCGCAGUGUUGGAUAAACUCUUACUUGAAUUGGGCUUAAUGUGUAGGUGAUCAUUCAGAGAUGCUAAUAUGAUUAGUCCCUUUUAGGGGUGCCAAAUACCAUUCUCCCAAACAGGAGGACUAGCCACAUGCUGCGAUAUCCCCUAAAUUACUUACCGUAUGACAUACAUUUAAUGUUUUAUGGAGAAAUUCCCUUUGAAUCAAGUGUGAAAUCAAACAAAGGUUCAAAAAUAAACUCCACUCCUACUCAGAGCUUCGCCUUCUCUAUGACAACUGAGUGUCAGCUCGAACAGGUUAUUAUUAUUAUUAUUAUUAUUAUUAUUAUUAGAUGAAGUUGUUCAAAUUACACACCAGUUUCUGAGUUACGUCUGAGAUUUAAACAUUAUUUUAUUGACACUAUAGUCUGGCCUUUAUUUUAGCACUGGUUGAGCUGUCUACUGGAGUUGUAGAAAAAUGACAUCAUUACCACCUGCUGCUGAGGAGGAAAUCAGUUUUUGUCUGAUAAAAGGUGUUAUCACAGGGAAAGGAAGAUGGUAGUUGUGUUAAAAUGGGAAAUGGUAAGUGGCAAGCGUGUUUAAUGUAAGCGGGGGUCUGUGAUGCAGUAACCAGAAUUUUAUUCUGUUUGAUGUUCUAUUACUCAUCUUUUAGUGUCUCUAUUCUAAUUAGACAGAUGAUUAGAUAAAGUCAAAAGAAAAAAUAAGGCAUUUGCUUUACAGAAUGGGCCAAACAUAAAAUGCCAUGUUCUACUUCUGGAGUCCAGCAGCAGAAGUCCUUAUGCAGAUACUGCAGUCUUAACAUAAAUCCUUUACUGGGGGGGCAUUAAGCAAGUGGAGGAAAGAGUGUGUUGAGGAGAGGACAAGAACAGGUAGAGGUGUGCAUGAGGUACCAGGUGGCAGUAUAGAGCCGGUGGAGGUGUGUGGCAGGUGGAGGUGUACAGCCGGUGGAAGUGUGGAGCAGGUGGAGGUGGGUAGGAGACAGUGGGAGGAGGACAGAGCAGGUGGAGGUGUAGAGCUGCUGGAGGUGUGGAGCAGGUGGAGGUGGGUAGGAGAGAGCGGGUGGAGGUGUAGAGCCGGUGGAGGUGUGGAGCAGGUGGAGGUGGGUAGAAUACGGUGGGUGGAGGACAGAGCAGGUGGAGGUGUAGAGCUGCUGGAGGUGUGGAGCAGGUGGAUGUGGGUAGGAGAGAGUGGGUGGAUGAUAUAGCAGGUGGAGGUGUAGAGCUGGUGGAGGUGUGGAGCAGGUAGAUGUGGGUAGGAGAGAGUGGGUGGAGGUGUAGAGCCGGUGGAGGUGUGAAGCAGGUGGAGGUGCGUAGGAGAGAGUGGGUGGGUGAUAUAGCAGGUGGAGGUGUAGAGCUGGUGGAGGUGUGGAGCAGGUGGAGGUGCGUAGGAGAGAGUGGGUGGAGGUGCAGAGCAGGUGGAGGUGUAGAGCCGGUGGAGGUGUGGAGCAGGUGGAGGUGGGUAAGAGAGAGUGGGUGGGUGAUACAGCAGGUGGAGGUGCAGAGCCGGUGUAGGUGUGGAGCGAGUGGAGGUGUUCCUGGAGUUAUGUGCAGUGCUGGAGAAAGUGAUAGGAUGGAAAAUUCUGCAGGUGUUCUUUUUUUUAGGGGAGCAGCUGUAUGGUUUUUCUGUGCUUCUGGAUGUUUCAGAUGAUGAUUAAUUCUGUUUUAAAUGUGGGACCUCGGUUUUAAAGUCUUUUUAGAACUUAAAUGGAUAUUCUGAGAAACGCAAUGUAAAGCUCACGAGAGAGUAACCAGAAUGUUUACAUGUCUUAGAUGAGUUAAACAGCUGAUCUCUGUCCACAGACAGAAGGGAACACGGGAGACGGUUUCGCUUGAUCUUAUUUUGCACACAAAUUGAUCAGCUGUCGAUCAAUCAAAUUGUUUUCUUAGUUGGGAUUUGAGAGUAACGAGACUUGGAAUGAAACGCUGGCCAGAUGCAUGCUGGGACACCGAGAUUGUAAUAUGUAAGUGAAUGUCGCAGAGGGGAGGGGAACAGGACAUCUGUCGUGGGACUUUCAGUUUAAACCCCCCCCUUGCCCCGUGAACUUUUCUAAAACAAAAAAAAAAGAGAAAAUACUCAUAACAUCUUCACAAGAUAUGAGAGGAUUGUUGAUGAUUCUGUGUCAUGGCCUUACACCCCUAUGGAAGAAGGGGUAUGUACACACAACACAGGAGCCCGCUGAGCUGAGGGUCUCCGUGGCGCGGUCGAGCGCCAAGUGAGCACCGGCGAGGUGCCUAACUCUGACACGGCUCUCCUGGCGUGGGAGGCGGAAAUCUUCUCUCGACCUUCGAGCGCCGAGAAACUCGGCCGGCGUCAAGAAAAAAAAAACGGCGG